AUGGCCAAUGGGCUGGACUCGUCCCGCGCGAGCAGCCAAUGGGCGGACGGAGGCGGGCGCUCGCUGGCGGGCGGGCGGGGUCCGGCGGUGCCCUGUUGGGCCGAGCUGUCCGAGGCGCUAGGUGGAGGGGCUGCGAUGACGGCUCUCACCCGGAGCGAGGCCACCGAGGCGGGCAGCAACCAGCAAAUGUCUGCAAAGACAGCUUCUCUGAAGAGCCCUGUGUCCCACACAGAAGAGGCAGACAGAGCUCAGGAGCCCGGAGACCACAGUCUGCACUGGCCAGAAAGCUUGAAGGGUGAAGAGAUAAAGAAGUGCAGCCGUGAGGGGACGCCACUGAGUAAAUACGACCAGCAAUACCACAAGCUGUUUAAGGACAUCCCUUUGGAGGAGGCGGUUCUCAAAGUGUGCUCCUGUGCCCUCCAGAGGGACCUCCUUCUCCAGGGCCGACUCUACAUCUCCCCCAACUGGCUCUGCUUCCAUGCCAGCCUCUUUGGCAAGGAUAUCAAGGUGGUCAUCCCUGUGGUGUCUGUACAAAUGAUCAAAAAACACAAGAUGGCACGUCUCCUUCCCAAUGGCCUGGCCAUCACCACCAACACCAGCCAGAAGUAUGUCUUUGUGUCACUGGUUUCCCGGGACAGUGUAUAUGACAUGCUGCGGAGAGUCUGCACCCACCUGCAGCCUUCCAGCAAGAAGAGUCUGAGUGUGAGAAAGUUUCCAGAGAAAGCAGUGUGCAAGUCUCUGGAAGUCUUCAUCCCAGAGAUGAAGUGGAGGAAAGUGUGCCCUGCCUCCAAGUCCCUGUCCCUCCCAGACAACAUCCGUCAUAUCCCUCAAGCAUCCAUGGACUCCACAGACAGAAUCUUCCCCUCCAGAGAGCCCCCAAGUUCUGAGAAUGCCACCUGUGAGGAGGAUGAGCUGGAGGAGGAGCCUGAGAGUGACAGGAAGCAGAGGCUCUGGGAUUACCGGUUCUUCAAGAUCUUCUUUGUGCUGAUCUGCUUCUUGGUCAUGUCCUCGUCCUAUCUGGCAUUCCGCAUCUCCCAGCUAGAACAGCAGUUGAGCUUCUUGAAUUGGGAUGGCCCAGUACCUGGGCACAGGUAACAGCCACUUGGCCUUUGUUCCCACUCCUCCAAGAAGACAGCUCUGGGUGCUA